GAGCACUACGUAGGGCCAACAACGAGGAACAAUUUAGUUGAAAGCACAGAGGAGAGAAGAGAUAAUCGAAGUGCUCUCCGCGUGAAGUUUAAGUGCUUGUGGAACAUUGGCCACGAACAGAAAUCUCACAAAGAGAGAGAGAGAGACAGGUUGAAAUUUCUCAGGGGGACCUGAGACUCUUGUGACCGUGAGGAUAUCCAGAAGCCAAUCACCAUGUCGAGGACUCUUCAUUUUGGGCGUGAUGUGCUCUCCGCCCCCGAUGUGGACUUGGAAGAUCUUUUAAACGCCAUGUCACCCUCGGAAGUGAACCUCUUGGUGGACGAAAUGGCGGCAGAUCCAGAUGAUAAACAUCUUCCAGCCUCGGUCCGAACCGCCUACAAAUGCAACAAGCCACCCACGGGUCCCUUGAACCGAGAUUCUCUCAUCAACCAUAUCAACGAGGAAGGAAUCCAGGCUCCGGAGAAAGAGGAGGUGGUUCCUUUUGAGCCCGGGACCAAGAGGGGCAAAGUGUUUGUUCCCAAAUACGAUGAAGCUCAAUUGGCCGCCAUAAAAAGGACCGAAGAGAUUGCUGAGGCCACUCGGCUCGAUGAUGAAGAAGAAUCGGCCCUGUCUGAGGCCACAGUUGAAGAUCUGAUGACCUUGGCGGAAAUCCUGGGAUCCAACCCACAGGAGUUCAUCAUGGAGGCCUACUCAGAUCCACUCAAAUAUUACGAGCCCGAGCCUCCAAAUACCACCGACCCCGUGAAAUCCAUCGAUCAAGUGGUCAAAAACGACAAGGAACUAAAAGAUCUCAAUCUGAACAAUAUUGCGACUAUUGACGAGAAAAUGUUUUGUGAACUGUUCGAGGGUCUUAGAACCAACGAGAGUCUCGUGCGUCUUUCAGCCGCUAAUUGCGACGUCAAUGACUUUGCCGCAGCCACUCUUAGUCUGGCCGUGGAACACAACACAUCCUUGAGAUCCCUGAACCUCGAGUCCAAUCGCAUCACUCCCGACACCUUGGCCGGAUUGUUCGAGGCAUUGGCUCACAACGCCAAUAGCGUGGUCGAAGUGCAUUGCAGUAACCAGGCCCAAUCCAACAUGGGGUAUCGCGUGGAAGCUCGCAUAUGCAAGGCCAUCCGGCAAAACUACAAUUUGCUGAAAGUGGGAUUGACCUUCGAAUUCCCAGAGGUUCGAGACAAAAUCGAAGCCCAUUUGAUUGCCAACAUUGACCGGCUGCGGAAGGAGCGGAUCAAAAAAGUGGGCGUAACCAAGAACAAGGAGUGGCAACCGGCCAAACUACUGGAUCAAGAGACCGAGUCUGAGAACGGCGCUGCCGACGAACCCGAGUCUUAAACUAGGAUCAAUCACGGAAGAAUACCCCUUUCGACCGUGCUGACCCAUCGAAAGAAACUGCCUAACGACGCAGGCCACCUAAUUCUUUAUAAGAAAUAUCUAGCCUUGAAUAAAAAAAAAAUACAACCACCAAUCCAUCCA